GGCAUGACGGGCGGAAGUAAAACGCGUUCCUUGCUUCUGACGAUCAUGGCCACCGACUGGGUCGUUCGCUACGAGCUCGCGGUCGCGGACUUGCGCAUGCACCUGGACGACGUCGCCCGCCACCGCCGGAUGAUCGAGAGCGUCGGUCAGGAUCAAGAUGUCAUCGCUCGUGUGCGCGCCCUGGAUCGCCGCCUGUACGAUACGGUCACGACGUACCCAGAGGCAAGAGCGCGCGUGCUCAUCGGUACAGUCGUGCUCACAUUCACGCAGCGUCUCCCGGGCGACCUCUUCCAGCAGUUCAGUACCCGCCGCGCCUCAACCCCAUUCGCUUCCGAGACGCACACGUCCCCGACUCCGCCAGUGUCCCGCGCUCUGACACCAACGCCUGCCAGCGACCGCGCGCAUACACCCGAGCACGUGCGGACACCCACACCAGCACCCACACGCACCCAUACGCCGUCGCCGAGCCCCACGCGGACGCCGUCGCCCUCGCCCCCGCCCGUUGCCCCGCGUCGCCCUCGCCCAUCCGCCAACACUGCCGAGCAAGACAUCCACGCUCUACUCGAAGCCAACCUCUGGCAGACGCCCCUCUCGAGCGCGCAGAUUGCCCAGCUCGCCACCCUCAGCAGUACUCAGAUGAGGAGACGGCGGAUCGCGCUUGCAAACGCCGUCCGUGGUAUUGCGCCCGACAUUACGGCCGACAGCUGGAAGGAAGCCUUUGCGGGGUCGGCUGACAGUGACGACCUGUUUGCGAUCCAGCAAGAGUUCCUCAUCGGACACCAGUCUAUCAGCGCGCUGGCCCUGCAGCACAAUGGUAUAUACAACUACCGUCAGUUCACGGGCGAGUUUGCCCUCGCAAACAAGGUGCUUCUCAAGCUUUUCGACGUCACUCUGGCUCGCCGAUGGUACGCGUCUUCGACGCACGACAGCCAGUUCGCGACCCGCUUCUAUCGCCAACUCUGGGCAGAGACAGAAGAGGGUCGCGCGGCGCUUGCGUCCGGGCCCGCCGAGCAGGUGUUCAAGGACCGCAAGAAGGACAUCAACAAGUUUGCGCACGCCCAGCAGGUGCAUGUCACCGCGCGCAACCGACUCCUGAGGCUAUUUGCCAGGUUUGGGCCCAUCGUCCUCCUCGACCCCUGCUGGGAGUACGACAUUCUGCUCAGCACGUCGAACGGUCCAAAGGCGAUGAACACCGCCCUCGCAUACUACGAUGCCUUUGCGAAUGAGACCAGCAUCGGAACGCGCCAGAAGCUGUACUUGCGCGCGGAGGAAGCUGUCAUUGCGUUGACAGCCGCGUUUUGGCACCGUCCCGAUUAUACGGAUAUCGUCCGCGGACAGCUGUGGGAACUUAGAGUACACGCCGCAGUCGCUUUUACGUAA